AUGACGACUCAAGGUUACCUGGACCGCUAUCGCCAAUUGAGCACUCUGGAUCAGCAGAAGAACGAGUUUAUCGAGGAACUACUUCAACGAGUAACCGCUUUAGAGAACUCUUUCCAACAAGAAAAACUUGACCAUGAGCGUGAGACCCGAUUCAAUCGAGAUAUUCAACUCCAUGAGAUGGAGUUAAUGGACCAGAUAUCGUCAGUCAAGAAUAUGAUGGACCGAGAACCAUUCGUCGUUUUACUUUUAGAUGGCGAAGGCAUUAUGUUCAAGGACGAGUUCUUGCUACUAGGAGAGCAGGGUGGACGCAACGCCGCCAAACAACUUUGGAAAUCACUCCAAAGCUAUGUCGCAACCAACCUACCCACGAUCGCCGAGCCGAAGAUAAUGACCAAAAUCUAUCUUAACGUGAAGGGACUGUUGGACACUUACAAUCGUGGUGGAAUGACGGUGGAAAUAUCCACCAUCAGUGACUUUAUUCGCGGAUUCAAUGAGAGUGCCUCUUUCUUUGAAAUCGUGGAUGUUGGGACUGGUAAGAACAAGGCGCACGAUAAAAUCAAGGAGGCCUUCAAGCUCUACUUAUACAACUGCCAUUGCCAUCAACUGUUCUUAGGCUGCCCCUCAAAUGAAGAAUAUGCCGGAUCCCUCAGAGAAUUGAUCUCUGGGGCGAACUAUAAGGGCAGGGUCUCGCUGGUUGAAGGCCUGCCACUUGAGAAGGAGUUCGAUGACUUUAGACAACAGGAUUAUCGAAUCACCCAGUUCCCGGAUGUGUUCCGGUCCACCAAGAUUGUGCCAAGUGUACCGAGCUGGACUGCCCCUUGGAAAAGCGCAAUUCCUUCCCGGACCCUACUCACUCCUUCACCGACUCAACAAUUUCAGACACCUGCACCGUUGUCACGAACCUCCACCAGCACCAGUGUGUCAAAUCUGGGGGUGCCGUUAGCCCCAGUCACCAAUAAGCCCGACCCGUCUGAUUUCCAGGUCGUUCGUCCCAAAGUUUUGGGCGCAUAUCCCCCAAAGACCGUGGAGCGAAACAAGUACGGUCAACGUGUUGAUCGACUGGACUUCAAGAGUAUUCCUCGCGAUGACCUUAAUAAGUUGAAAAAGCUUAAGCUUUGCAAUUAUCACUUCUUGCUCGGCGAAUGUCCCAACGAAGAAAGCUGCUAUCAUGACCAUGAUCGCAAAUUGUCCCGCCAAGACCUUCAUAUUUUGUCUGCAAUUGCCCGCAUGACGCCUUGCCGUUUCGGACUAGAAUGCGACGACGUUGAGUGCAUCUAUGGUCACCGUUGCCCCCAGAGCGAGCCCGGUAAAAAGACUUGUUUCCGAGGCGACAGCUGUCGGUUUGAGCCUGUGGCACAUGGAAUCGAUACCAACAUUGUCAAAGUUACCAAAAUCUAA